AUGGCAGAUGCUGUAUUAGGGGUGGAGUUGCCAGCAGGGCAGCAGACAAUCAUUGUGAAGCUCAUCAAUCCGGUCAAUUUUGGGCCAGCAAUACUGAAACGCUUCAUGACACCGCCUGUACCGGGACUAGAGACUUUUCCUACGUCGCCAUCGCACUCCUUUCUCUUGGAACACCCAUCAGGCCGCAAACUUGUUUUUGAUCUUGGCAUCAGAAAAGACUAUCAGAAUUAUUCUCCCCGAAUCGCAGCCUACAUUCCGACCACUAAAUAUCAUAUUCAAGUCACAAAGAACGUGGCCGAUAUCUUGGAAGAUGGAGGUAUCAAGCCCACGGAUAUUGAGGCUGUCAUUUGGAGUCAUUGGCAUUGGGAUCAUAUCGGCGACCCGUCAUCUUUCCCUUCAAGCACCGAUUUGGUAGUAGGCAAGGGUUUCAAGGAAGCAAUGCUGCCUGGAGCUCCUGCCAAUCCCGAGAGCCCGAUACAAGAAAGCGAUUAUGCCAACCGCGAGCUUCGUGAAAUCGAUUUUCAAGGUCCUCGCACUCUGAGAAUCGGACGUUUCCCAGCGUAUGACUACUUUGGAGAUGGAUCAUUCUACUUACUUGAUAGUCCGGGACACGCAAUUGGUCACCUAUGUGGCUUGGCUCGAACCACGACGAGUCCAGACAGCUUUGUCCUUCUAGGCGGUGAUGUAUGUCACUAUGCCGGCAUCUUUAGGCCAUCCAAGUACCUCCCGGUACCUGCUUCAAUCAAACCUCACCCUUGUAAGCCCGAGAGCAGCUUACCGCUGUGUCCGGGUCAUGCCUGGGAGGAUUUACAACAUUCAAGACAACGUAGCCCUACGGACACUCUAUUCGACAUAACUUUUGGUCGUGACAUCCCUUUGGCGAAACACACGGCAGGAAAACUGCAGGAACUGGAUUGCCUCGAUAACGUUUUCGUCAUCAUUGCUCACGACUCGACCGUGAGGGAUGGAGUACCACACUUUCCUGAAAGUUUGAAUGAGUGGAAAGCCAAAGGUUGGGGGGAAAGCCUCAAAUGGUCUUUCUUUAGAGAUCUAAAGCCAGUUUGGGAGUCUCAAGGGUUAGCAUAG